UAGAGACCAGGAAGAAAGAGGCCCCGUACAUGCUCCCUGAGGACGUGUUUGUGGAGAAGCCCAGGCUGUCUCAGGAUCUUGAUGGCGUGGUGAUUGAGUUCCUCUUCCGCCAGAGCAAGAUCAGUGAAGUCCUGGGGGGCAGUGGCUACAACUCAGACAGGCUCUCCCUGCCCUACAUCCCUCAGCUGACAGAUGAGGAUCGCUUGUCCAAGAGGAAGAGCAUUGGAGAAACCAUUUCCCUGCAGGUGGAGGUGGAAUCUAGGAACAGCCCUGAGAGGGAGGAGCGAGUACCAGCAGAGGAGAUCACCUAUGAGACGCUAAAGAAGGCCAUUGUGGACAGUGUGGCGGUGGAGGAGCAGGAGCGUGAACGGCGGCGGCAGGUGGUGGAGAAGUUCCAGAAGGCGCCCUUCGAGGAGAUCGCAGCUCACUGCGGGGCCCGGGCGUCACUGCUGCAGAGCAAACUCAAUCAGAUCUUUGAAAUCACCAUCCGGCCCCCGCCCAGCCCAUCGGGAACCAUCACCGCAGCCUACGGCCAGCCUCAGAACCACUCCAUCCCCGUCUACGAGAUGAAGUUUCCAGACCUGUGUGUAUACUGAAUUCCAAGAGGUGGAGCUGCUUGGAGGGGUGGGCCUGAGGGAGGGGCUCACCCUCACACCCCACCCCUACUACGUGCAAGUCUAACAGGGAUCUCAGAAAAGGUCACCUCCCCACCUAAACAAGGUAGAGCCCCAGACCCUCCCGCUUCCCCUGUGUCUCCCCUGAGGGGUUGGCUACCUGCCCCUCUAGGACCAAUAAGCCUCUCAACUGUU